UGUUCCCGUCGACCUCUUUAAACUGUCGGACGUGCCACGGAGGAAAUGGUGCCGGUCAGACUCAUCAGGGGUGAAUGGCCACCCAGACGAGUCCCCUCCAAGUUUAUACGUAGCAUUUGACCCCUCUUCUCGUCUUUCUCGGCUCUGAGUGGGACUAGCGAUGCUCGCCUGUGAUCCAAUGGACUCUUCACCUUUUCUGGGGAGGCCAUAACACGAACACCUGACUUUGACAUUGGGUGUCAACACCGCUUCUAUAAAUAGCUGGCUGAGGAAAUGGCCAAAGAGCACAAAUACAGCAUGACAGAAACAUUUGUAGUGGCUGGAUCGAACGGCCACAAUGGGCAGCCGUGGCUCACCAACUCGGUGCCUGCGGGUCACGUCUCUGGUGACAGCCACGUGUCCAGGAUGGCCCGAGUGGCCUCCGAUGUCAAGCACACGUGCGCCGCUUACGUGCUGGCGCUCAGGCCGUGGAGCUUCAGCGCCUCGCUCACGCCGGUGGCCCUCGGCAGCGCGCUGGCGUACAAGCUGGAUGGCUCGGUGGACUUGGUUGUCCUCAUGGUGUGCGCGGUGGCUGUGCUGGUCGUGCACGGCGCCGGCAACCUGGUCAACACCUACUACGACUUCUCCAAAGGCAUCGACCACAAGAAAAGCGAUGAUAGGACUCUGGUGGACGAGAUCCUGGCGCCGCAGGAUGUUGUCAUGUUUGGAGCCUUGUUAUACUCAUUGGGGUGCUUAUGUGCCACAUUGCUCUUCUUCCUGUCUACACUCAGACUGGAACACCUUGCCCUGAUUUACUUUGGGGGUCUCUCCAGCUCUUUUUUAUACACUGGCGGGAUUGGUCUAAAGUAUGUGGCCCUGGGAGACGUGGUCAUUCUCAUCACGUUCGGCCCGCUGGCCGUCAUGUUCGCCCACGCCGUGCAGGUGGGCUACCUAUCAGUCCUGCCAUUGGUCUAUGCCGUCCCACUGGCCCUCAACACGGAGGCCAUCCUCCACAGCAAUAACACCCGAGACAUGGACUCGGACAAGCAGGCGGGCAUUGUCACACUGGCCAUCCUAAUCGGGCCUACGCUUUCCUACGUGCUCUAUAACCUGCUGCUCUUCGUCCCCUAUGUGCUUUUCUGCAUCCUGGCGACGCGCUACACCAUCAGCAUGGCACUGCCCCUGCUCUCUCUGCCCAUGGCCUUCCCCCUGGAGAAGCAGUUCCGCAGCCGGUGCUACACCAAAAUCCCCCAGCAGACAGCCAAGCUCAACCUGCUCAUGGGACUGUUCUACGUCUUUGGCAUCAUUCUUGCACCUCGGGGGAGCCUGCCCUUACUUUGAUUUAAAUGUUAUAAAAAAGAAAAAUAUAUAUCUGAAACUACUUUGUGUUCUUCACACUCUUUAAUUUAUUGUCUUAUUUAUGUGUACUGUAGAAAUAAGUUUGGCUUUACAUACAUGAGUUUAUUUAAUCAGUAUUAAGAGGAACACCUCAUUGCCAUAUUUCUUCUAAUGCAGAUGCCUGAAGACAUCAAUGAAAUAGACUUGGUACUCUUUUCAUUGAACAUACUGUUAAUUUGUACAGUGGGAUAUUUCUUUUUUGUGGUUGAAAUAAAAGUUGCUGAUGGUUUAGUA